UGGGGGCGGGGCAAUAGCUCCAGGCGCACGUCGUAAACAGACAACAUGGCGGCGGCGGCGCCUGGGACCUUGGGCUCCUUGCAGGCGGGCCGCGCCCGCUUGGUGGCCGCUUGCUGUGCGCGGCUCGGCCCCGGGUGGAGGCUGCCGGGCUCCUGGACGAGUCCGCGCAUGACGUGGGCCCGGGGCUGGGUGCCUGCGGCCGGGGGUGCGGCUCCGCAGAGGAGCUACAGCCCUGAGGUGAAGACCGAAGACGAGCUGCGGGUGCGGUACCUGGAGGAGGAGAACCGAGGAAUUGUGGUGCUUGGAAUAAACAGAGCUUAUGCCAAAAAUUCAUUCAGUAAAAAUCUUGUAAAAAUGCUCUCAAAAGCUGUGGAUGCUUUAAAAUCUGAUAAGAAAGUACGAACCAUAAUAGUCAGGAGUGAAGUCCCAGGGAUAUUCUGUGCUGGUGCUGACCUGAAGGAAAGAGUCAAAAUGAAUUCCAGUGAAGUUGGUGCUUUUGUCUCCAAACUCAGAUCAGUGAUUAAUGAAAUCGCUAAUCUUCCAGUGCCAACGAUUGCAGCGAUAGAUGGACUCGCUUUGGGUGGUGGCCUUGAACUGGCUUUAGCGUGUGACAUACGAGUAGCAGCUUCCUCUGCAAAAAUGGGCCUGGUUGAAACAAAGUUGGCAAUUAUUCCUGGUGGAGGGGGGACACAGCGACUGCCGCGCGCCAUUGGGAUGUCUCUGGCCAAAGAGCUCAUCUUCUCUGCUCGUGUGCUUGAUGGCCAAGAAGCCAAAGCAGUAGGCUUGAUCAGCCACGUUCUGGAGCAGAACCAAGAGGGGGAUGCUGCCUACAGAAAGGCCCUGGACCUCGCAAGAGAGUUUUUACCUCAGGGACCUGUUGCAAUGAGAGUGGCGAAAUUAGCAAUUAAUCAAGGGAUGGAGGUCGAUUUAGUAACAGGAUUAGCCAUAGAAGAAGCUUGUUACGCUCAGACUAUUCUAACGAAAGACAGACUUGAAGGUCUUCUUGCUUUUAAAGAGAAAAGAUCCCCUCGAUACAAAGGAGAAUAGAAGAAACAGAAGUUAAAAAGCCCGUGUAAUGAAGGUACUUCUGGAAGGUGUAUUUUGGAUUCAUGGGAGCCUCAGCGCCUGGAAUCCCAAUGACCAAAGUGAAGAGCGAGUCACCCACACGGGGACUCAGGCGCCUGGGGUGGACCCACAUGUGUACUUGGUUCAAAUGUGUGUCAUGUCAUACUCAGUUUGUAAAGCUAGUAGUGUAGACUGUCAAAAGCAGAGUCAAAAUUAGGUAUACAUUUAAAAAUAUUUCCUGCAUAUGAGGCUUUCUGUUCUUAAUUUUUUAUUGUGAAUAAUUUAUAUAUUACACACACUAUAUAUAAUACCGAUUGUACAUCUACUGUGCUGCAGGACAAGAAUAAAAUUAUUUCUAUAUACCAAAAUGUGAAGUUAUACCAAAUAAAGUUUCUAAGGGAUUAUGCCCACGUACACACAUAUACAUCUCAAACUACAAGAGAAUUGAUAGCUACAAUCUUGACAUUACCAAAUGUAAAUAAAGUAGUGAAAAGAAUAUUUGAAAACUUUUCUCUCAAACCAUUCUUUUUGAAUUGAGUACAUCACAUUGCAUGUUGGAUUUUAGAAGAAACCACCUUUCCACACUGAUUGGGUCUGUUGGGUGAGCUCUGUACAUAGUCUUAGAUGUAUACGUGUAGAUUGUGGAUAACUAAUCCAAUCAGAAGCUGGAGCCAAGGCCUUGUAAGGCCAGCUGGAGCCUGGAACUCGUGCUCCUCUACGACCCCAGUAAGUGGCCUGGCCCCAGCCUCUGGGACAUGUGCAGCCCGCAGUGACAAAUCCGGGGCAUGGCUGAAGAGUGAAGUGGAGCCUGCCCCCUGCUUCCUCCCCCCGGCCAUUUACAUCUGAUUUCAGAAGGAAAGCCAGGAGAACACAAUGGCCCUUUCUCCCUCUUCUAAUGAGACGUCAUGCCUUUCUGCCCCUGCCAGGCAGUGCAGCUAGAAAUGGGGGCCCUGGGAGCAUCUGAGGUUCAACAGCCUUGCCUGGGGGAGGUGGGCAGGUAUGAAAGUGUGUGGGAAAUGGUCAGCUGUGGAAUUUGUUGUGAAGCAGGAGGUGAAUAGUAUAACUCCAAACAACUGCGAGCUAGCUGUUCUGUGUUCAUUUUAUGAAACCAAGACUGUCUGGGGAGGGUGAGUCCAGCACGGUGGCUGGCUGCCUUGGAAUCUUGCUUUUCCAGGGCCUGCUCCUCACUACUGCUGGCCUUGGGCAUGACCGCUGUCCCAGAAGGCAGCAGCUGGGCUCCUCUGCAGUGAAGUCCAGUUUGGUACAAGGGUGUCUGCCAGUCUGUGCAUGCCCACUCAGCACCACAGCCUCCUUGCUCUCAGAGAGCAUAUAGGCUUCUAGUUUUUCAAAUCACUGAAGGUUUUGUUUCUCAUUUGGGAGAUUGAACUCUCAAUCUUAAUUCAGAAACCUUGGAAGAAUCAGGUGUGGACCUGCAGUCAGCUGACAUCCCCUGCCAGGACAGCCACACUGGGUUCUCACUGCUGCCACUGCGGAGUUGUGAAGAUUGAUCGGAGUCAUGAAAGGGCUUGUGAGAAUUCACAUCCGUCACUGGUGAUUAUUUGGUGGUGUGUACAUUUUGUUUACUGAUAAGCUUUGUGCGGUUCAUUUCGUGCAGGAUAAUUUGCAAAUAAAGCACUGGUUCUUAUUUUUACAGUCCUUUAAAGGUUUCAGGUCCACUUUGUUCUGUCCGUGACAUAGUCAAAUGCCUCUUGGUUUUGACUGAAGAGGAAGUAAUUAUGUUAAUUGGGGAAAUAUUAAGAGUGUGCUGAAUGAGUUGUGUCUUCCGAUUUGGAUUCCUAGUCUGUUGCUGAUUGAGUGCCAUUUAAUAUUAAGUUCUGAUUAAGUCAUGGGAGUAUGUCUGAAGCAAAGACACCUUCCUGUAGUGACUUCAGUUUUCACAGGCGUCCAUAUUAGAGUGAGAGAGCAUGCCUGCCCAGUUGUCUGUAUGGAUGUUCGCCUAUCCCUUGCUGGGGCUGGUCCUCCUCCAACCCAGGUCCCGUAGCUGGGUGCAGGGCCCUGCGGCUCAGGGAGGGGUGCCUGCUCGGCGGGCCCCAGAGCCAUCCCUUCUGUCUUCUUCCUGCAAGCGGAGUGUUGCCACGCCCUCCCCUGACACCACAAAAUCACAUCAAGCUGACGCAGCCUUGCAGUGGACAUCUCCAUAUGCUCGCGUGAAGCUAAAGAAGACAGAGCGAGGAUGAUUAACUGAGCACAGCUACAACUCGGGGACAAUGUCUCACAUUAUCUCAGGCUUGAGACCUACUGGUCUUGAAGUAAUUUAGUGCUGGUUAAUUUAUAAGCUCCCCGAAAGAGAACGAGGUCUCCAAGUUAGAGGUUCUGAGUCAAGAAAAGUUGUAAUAAUGGCUGAAAUAAGACUCGGAUUUUGUGUGGCCCGUUUUUGUGAUUUAAAGGAUCAUUUCAAGUUUAUAUUGUUUUCAAUAAAAAAUAGAUGGCUUUCCUGUC